GUCGUAGCUUGGCUAUGGAAGGCUCCAAUGGCUUUGGGAUUGACUCCAUUCUCUCCCACCGAGCGGGCAGCCCCGCCCUUCCCAAGGGGGACCCCUUGCUUGGGGACUGCCGGUCACCCCUGGAGCUAAGUCCACGCUCAGAGAGCAGCAGCGACUGCUCUUCGCCAGCUUCGCCCGGAAGAGACUGUCUGGAGACCAGUACCUCACGGCCUGGUGCUGCAUCUGGCCCAGGUUUGGACUCCCACCUGCAGCCGGGGCAGCUUUCAGCCCCAGCCCAGUCGCGAACCGUCACCUCCUCCUUUCUGAUCAGGGACAUCCUUGCCGACUGCAAACCUCUCGCGGCCUGUGCACCCUACUCUAGCAGUGGGCAGCCUGCAGCUCCCGAGCCUGGGGGCCGCCUUGCGGCCAAGGCCGGGGAGGACUUUCGUGACAAGCUGGACAAAAGUGUCAGCAGCGCUUCGUCAGACUCUGAGUACAAAGUGAAGGAAGAGGGCGACCGCGAGAUCUCCAGCUCUAGGGACAGUCCCCCGGUGCGCCUGAAAAAGCCACGCAAAGCACGCACCGCCUUCACCGACCAUCAGCUGGCGCAGCUGGAGCGUAGCUUCGAGCGGCAGAAAUACCUGAGCGUGCAAGACCGCAUGGAGCUGGCCGCUUCGCUCAACCUCACCGACACGCAGGUCAAGACCUGGUACCAGAACCGCAGGACUAAAUGGAAGCGACAGACAGCUGUGGGACUGGAGCUGCUUGCGGAGGCAGGCAACUACUCGGCGCUCCAGAGAAUGUUCCCGUCGCCUUAUUUCUACCCGCAGAGUCUCGUUUCCAACCUGGACCCGGGCGCCGCACUCUAUCUGUACCGCGGCCCCAGCGCGCCACCACCCGCCCUCCAGAGACCUCUGGUGCCCCGCAUCCUCAUCCACGGACUCCAGGGCGCCAGCGAGCCGCCUCCGCCGCUUCCCCCACUGCCUGGCGUCCUCCCGCGCGCCGCGCAGCCUCGGUGAGGCGCCCUCUUUCUCCCAGCCAUGCUCUGGGGCCCCCCUUCCCCCUCCACUCAAGCUGGGCGCCCUGGAGCAGGGCUGCUGGGCUCACCGCCGCAGCCCAGUGUCCCUGAGGGGGCGAUAAAUCCACUGAGGGUACCCCUCCUCUGCGCCCUCUCUCCUAGCUGCUCCAUCCAGGAGCCACUUACACCCGGGGGAUGUACAUAAGCGCCC